UGUUUUAUUGUCUUUGGAAUGUAAUUGACUUUAGAUAUUGAAAGAAAAAAAUUGACCUAUAAAACUGCCCUGAAUGUAGAUGUCGACGUUAAUAGGAACAUAACGUAACUAGGAUCGAGAUGUCCCAAGCCCUGAUCUUCGUCUGCACCGUAAUGGUGCUAUCAGCCGCAUUGGCCGAGGAAAACUCCAAAGACCAGAACCGCGGCAUGAAUCCUAAUCAUAAUGGAAACCCGAUCCAUAACUUGAACCCAAACAACAUGAAUCCUCCUGCCAUGGAUUUCAACAACAUGUUCCCAAAUAUGGAUGUUAAUAUCAUGAACCCAAACCUGAAGCCUCACGGUGAAAUGCCAAAGCAACAGCAACACAACCAUAACGCUACAAAAAUGUCAGACACUCCCAAAGUGCCUGACAUGCAGAAGAUGUCAGACACGAAAACACCCGAAAAACCAGAAAACCCCGCCAAUGGAAAGAAUUAGAAAUAUUUUUACUUUAUUGUGCAAUUUAAAAUCCAUGUAAAAACUAAAUUAAAGACGUAGAAUGCAGUGUCGUCUUACGAUAGAGUUUUAUAUUUAAUUUAAACAAAUAAAUGUACCGCAAUAUCUUA